CGUCACCAUGCUUUCAUUGGGUUUCCGGCUUCUCGGGAGCUCUUCUUGGGGGGUUUUUUUUUCCGGUUCACGACUCUUGCUGAGGCUACUAUGAUGAUACGAUGCGUUCAUCUAUCUUCCUUUCGGUAGGUAAGGUUUGUUUCGUCGGCUUUGUUUGGCGGGGUCACUCGUUAUGUAUGAUAUCCACUCGUUCCGCUGCCGCUAUCCAAGCUGCCGGCUCCGUCUGUUGUUUCUCUCUGUUGAUUACCGAUCUUGGAACACAGGGUUUCAGAUUUUUCUUUUUUGACUUACCUUCCUUUUGUUUGCAAUUUGCUGAGAUAUCUGAGAAGGGCUCUGCGUCCUGGUUUCAUAAAAACAAGGCUACAGAAAGCACCUAAAUAGGUGAUGAUAUGGUGGUACAUGCGCGGCAGGAGAGUUAGCUUUCUGUUCCACGUACAGGU